GCAGCACUGCUUAUGCCUGCGUUUCGUGGUGAAUGGACUUUAUAGUCUCCAACCAGUUUCUUUUUAAUUUGUUUGCUUCGAAAUUACUUAAAGGUAAAAUGUUAAUAAACGUGUGCCGAGUGUGCGGCAGGAGCAGGCUGUGCCCAAAGGCCGUAAAUCUCUUCAAGCCUGGCCGCCAAGAGAUGGAGGUCCUGCGUCGCAUCCACCUAAUAACCGGAAUUCGCCUGCAGCAGAUUCCCAAUGCACCGGAUAUGGUGUGUUUCUGCUGUCAAACGGACAUCGUUUCGGCCAUGCACUUUCGCAAGAUCUGCAUCUCGGAGCAGAAGAAAUGGGUGCCAGUCGAGAAGAGUGAGGCGGAAGUGGUGGAAAACCAAGACCAGGAAGCGAAGCCAAUGAAGGCGGUGCCCAAGAAACAAAGAAAGAACCCGCGGCGAAGGGUGCGGUCCACGAUGCCCGUGGAAAAAGUGGACAUUGUUGUAUCACACGACAAUAUACCUUUUCCGGAAACAACAGGUGGCGACGAUGAAUUUGAUCAGCUAGCCGAGCUCUCCGGGCAACCGGAUACACCGGAAUGUGAUAUAAAACUGGAUGAUGACGAUGCAAAGAUAGAGGAUUGCUCUGUAAAAGAGGAGGAACUUUCUUUACAGGAAGAUGAGGAUACAGACUCGGAGCGCAAACUAACCGGCAAAGUUCAAAUCUACGCAUGCAACACUUGUGGAGUUAUUAAAAACAAUAAAUCAUCUUUGUUGAGGCACGAGUAUGACCACACCGGCAAAAGACCCUAUCCCUGCAAGGAGUGUACAAAGUCCUUUUUGUCAGGUAAUGAACUGAAGGCCCAUAAUCUCACCCAUCACACCAAGGAUCCUCCUUUUCCCUGUCGCUACUGCGAACGUAGAUACUUCUCCGUGGUGGGCCGAAAAAAACACGAGAGGAUCCAUACGAAUGAACGUCCUUUCGUGUGCGAUCAGUGCGGCAAGGCAUUCACAAGGACUUGUAUCUUAAAGGCCCACAUGCAGUCGCACACCGCUUUGAGAAAGUUCGGCUGCGAUGUAUGCGAUCGGUCGUUCAGCUUGAAGAAACAUCUCGUCACCCACUUUGUGUCGAACACGCACAAGCGGAACGCUGAAAUGGCUGGCUCAUUAUCAUCAGAAACUAUGUCCACGGUCAGCAUCGAAACCAACGAAACCUGGCCUCAAAUAACCAAAAUGGCUAGUCCUAUCGACGAAAAACUAGUGCAGACGCACUUCGACAUUUUGUGUCAGGAAAUUUAGUUGUGUUCAAUAUGCCAUUUUAAUCAAUUUCUCAGUUAGGAAUACCAAAAAAAAAAAGACAUUUCGGUUAGUACGGAUUCGCAAAAGCUGAAUGAGAACUAAAACUACAAAAGACAAUAUCAAAUUCUGUUAUGUGUUAAAUUUUAAAAUUACUGAAGUGUUGGAAACAAGAGAAUCUCGGAACCAAAUUUUUAUACUCUGCAGCGAUCUUUUCCAAAAUUUAUUUACAAAAAUAAAUUUCAAGGAAAUGUGUGGCAAGUUUGCUAAUAGUCUUCCGCUCAAAUAUCAAGAUUGUGUCUAAAUUGUCACGUAUAAUUUUGAUUUCUGUUUUAAUUUUUACAAAAAUCUCAUUACAUUUUAAAUCCCCUGCAAGGUUUAACAAAGUCUGUUUUAUAAACGUUGAAGACUAACAAUUUUACAAGUUACAUAUAAUCUCAAAAAACAUAUUUGAAUUACAUUUGUUUUUAAAUGUCCUGCUUUAAUUGUGUACAAAAAUCGAUCUUAAAAUUGUACUAACUUCUGCCAGGUUAAACUAAGUUUGUUAUAUAAACGUUGAGGAAAACAAUUUUACAAACAACAUAUAAUCUCAAAAUGUUUUUAAAUGCCAGUUAAAAGGUUAGGUUUU